CGAGACGAGUAGGGGCAGGCGGAGGCGGUGGCGGCGGCGCGCUCAUCUCCGGGAGGACCCGCAGACCCGGGCAGCGAGGACGUCGCUCCGCACCGCUCCUUCUCGCCAUGUCCCAAAGCAGGCAUCGCGCCGAGGCCCCGCCGCUGGAGCCCGAGGACAGCGGCACAUUCAGUUUGGGGAAAAUGAUAACAGCUAAGCCAGGGAAAACGCCGAUCCAGGUAUUACACGAAUACGGCAUGAAGACCAAGAACAUCCCGGUUUAUGAAUGCGAACGAUCCGAUGUGCAAAUACGCGUGCCCACUUUCACCUUCAGAGUAACCGUGGGUGACAUAACCUGCACAGGUGAAGGUACAAGUAAGAAGCUGGCAAAACAUAGAGCUGCAGAAGCUGCCAUAAACAUUUUGAAAGCCAAUGCAAGUAUUUGCUUUGCAGUUCCUGAUCCUUUAAUGCCUGACCCUUCCAAGCAACCAAAGAACCAGCUUAAUCCUAUUGGCUCAUUACAGGAAUUGGCUAUUCAGCAUGGUUGGAGACUUCCUGAAUACACCCUUUCCCAGGAGGGAGGACCUGCCCAUAAGAGGGAAUACACCACAAUUUGCAGGCUAGAGUCAUUUAUGGAAACUGGAAAGGGGGCAUCAAAAAAACAAGCCAAGAGAAAUGCUGCUGAGAAAUUUCUUGCCAAAUUUAGUAAUAUUUCUCCAGAGAACCACAUUUCUUUAACCAAUGUAGUAGGACAUUCGUUAGGAUGUACUUGGCACUCCUUGAGGAAUUCCCCUGGUGAAAAGAUCAACUUACUGAAGAGAAGCCUCCUGAGUCUCCCAAAUACAGAUUACAUCCAGCUGCUCAGUGACAUUGCCAAAGAACAAGGUUUUAAUAUCACAUAUUUGGACAUAGAAGAACUGAGUGCCAAUGGACACUAUCAAUGUCUGGCUGAACUGUCUACCAGUCCCAUCACAGUCUGCCAUGGCUCGGGCAUCUCCUGUGGCAAUGCACAAAGUGAUGCAGCUCACAACGCUUUGCAGUAUUUAAAAAUAAUAGCAGAAAGAAAGUAAACCUGGGGCAACUUGGGAAAUCCUUCAGCAGUACACAGAAAGUUCCUCCCUCACCCCUCCCCAAGUAAAACAUUUAUUGUAAUGUUUGAGUUUUUGUGCUGUUUCUAAAUCUCUUCAUAGGUUCCAUCAACACUCCAGAUUUAAUUAUCUCCUGGUAGUCAUUAUUCAGGUCUUUUUAAUGGCUUCAACUUUGUAUUGGUAUAUUGUAUUUAUAAACUUUGUACCAUAAGGCAGAGUGUAGCACCCAUUUUACAGUGCCAUGCACAUAGAGGAAGAAACUGCAUGUUUGACGAUGAUGAUGAUGACAGUGAUGAUGAUGAUGAUGAAGUAAAACAGUGCUAGCGACCGUCUUUCUUACUGGUGCUUCAGCUCUUCUUUGCCUAGGGCUUCAGAAAGCGGAUUGUAAGGAAUCCCCUUGGAAUAAGAAUGUCAAGGGACUGCACAAAGUCUUUAUUGGAUGUGAUUGUUGAAAUUCAGGGAACAUUAGUCUGCUGUGUAUUUGGACCUAUGUAAUAAAGAGCUGUUGUUACAAAGGGGUUUCGUUUGUUUUGUUAGUG